AUGAUUUCUUUCGUUUUGUCCGAAUGUUUUUGUAUAUUUCUUUCUUUUCAUUAUAAUAAUCAUUCUAUCCACAUGUCUUUGUCUUCUCUAUCACUUGAUUAUCUUUCUUUCUUUCUUUCUUUCUUUCUUUCUUUCUUUUCUUACUUUCUUUCUUUUCAUUAUAAUAAUCAUUCUGUCCAAAAUCUUCUGUAUCACUUGAAUACCUUUCUUUCUUUCUUUCUUUCUUUCUUUCUUUCUUUCUUUCUUUCUUUUCAUUAUAAUAAUCAUUCUUCUUCUGGAUCACUUGAAUGUCUUUCUUUCUUUCUUUCUUUCUUUCUUUCUUUCUUUCUUUCUUUCUUUCUUUCUUUUCAUUAUAAUAAUCAUUCUGUCCAAAAUCUUCUGUAUCACUUGAAUAUCUUUCUUUCUUUCUUUCUUUCUUUCUUUCUUUCUUUCUUUCUUUCUUUCUUUCUUUCUUUUCAUUAUAAUAAUCAUUCUGUCCAAAAUCUUCUGGAUCACUUGAAUGUCUUUCUUUCUUUCUUUCUUUCUUUCUUUCUUUCUUUACAUCAUACUAAUCAUUUACAUAUCUUUGAUUUUCUUUAUCUUUCUUUAUUCGUUUUUUUUCUAUCUAUCUAUCUAUCUAUCUAUCUAUCUAUCUAUCUAUCUAUCUAUCCCAGUCUAUUUCUAUCUAUCUAUCUAUCUAUCUAUCUAUCUAUCUAUCUAUCUAUCUAUCUAUCUCUUCCUUUUGGCCUUUUUUGCUUUUCACUCUCCUGUUCUUUCUUUCUCUCUCAUUCUCACACUCUCAUUUUUUCUCUCUCGCUGUCUCUUUCUCUCUCUCUCUCUCUCUCUCACUCACUCACUCUCUCACACACACACACACAGACCCUUACUCACUCUUAUUUUAAUAGGAUAAGGAGAAAGCAAUGCUUUCUUCUUUCUUUCUUUAUUUUUCUUUCUUUCUUUUUUUCUUUUUCUUUCUUUCUUUAUUUAUUUAUUUCUCUCUUUCUUAGUUUCGUUCUUUCUUUUUUCUAUCUUUCUUUUAUUCUUGUUUUUGUUUUUCUUUUAUUCUUCUUUUCUGUUAUUUUUCUUUACCUUCUAAAUUUUUUUGCUAAUUUUUCUUUCCCAUUUUUCUUUUCCAUUUUUCUUUCCCAUUUUUCUUUCCCAUUUUUCUUUUCCAUUUUUCUUUCCCAUUUUUCUUUUCCAUUUUUCUUUCAAUUUUCCUUUUUUCAUUUUUUUUCCCAUUUUUCUUUUCCAUUUUUCUUUCCCAUUUUUCUUUUCCAUUUUUCUUUCAAUUUUUCUUUUUCCAUUUUUCUUUCUCAUUUUUCUUUUCCAUUUUUCUUUCCCAUUUUUCUUUCCAUUUUUCUUUUUCCAUUUUUCUUUCCCAUUUUUCUUUUCCAUUUUUCUUUUCCAUUUUUCUUUCCCAUUUUUCUAUUCCAUUUUUCUUUUUCCAUUUUUCUUUCCCAUUUUUCUUUUCCAUUUUUCUUUCCCAUUUUUCUUUUCCAUUUUUCUUUCCCAUUUUUCUUUCCAUUUUUCUUUCCAUUUUUCUUUCCCAUUUUUCUUUUUCCAUUUUCUUCCCAUUUUUCUAUUCCAUUUUUCUUUUUCCAUUUUCUUUCCCAUUUUCUUUUCCAUUUUUCUUUCCAUUUUUUCUUUCCAUUUUUUUCUUUACCAUUUUCUUUCCCAUUUUCUUUCCAUUUUUCUUUUUCCAUUUUCUUUCCCAUUUUUCUUUUCCAUUUUCUUUUCCAUUUUUCUUUCCCAUUUUUCUUUCCCAUUUUUCUUUUUCCAUUUUUCUUUUCCAUUUUUCUUUUUCCAUUUUUCUUUCCCAUUUUCUUUCCCAUUUUUUUUCCCAUUUUUCUUUCCCAUUUUUCUUUUCCAUUUUUCUUUCCCAUUUUUCUUUCCUGCUUUCUGUCUUUUUAUAUUUCUCUAUCGACUUCCUUAUGUCAGUAUCUAUCUAUCUAUCUAUCUAUCUAUCUGUUCGUAUUUACUUCUUUUUCUUCUUUCACAUAUUUUUUUUCUGUUCUUAUAUGCCAAACUGUAUUAGCAUUUAUUUCUUCUUACAUGCUCAGAGUUCAUGCUUUCUUUCUUAGUAAUCUUUUCUUUCUUUCUUUAUUUCUUUCUCUCUUUCUUUCUUUCUUUCUUUCUUUCUUUCUUAAUUCAUUUCUUUUUGUUAUAAUAAUCAUUCUAUUCAAAAUGCCUUUCUUUCUUUCUUUCUUUCUUUUCUUUCUUUCUUUCUUUCUUUCUUUUCAUUAUAAUAAUAAUUCUUCUUCUAUAUCACUUGAAUUUCUUUCUUUCUUUCUUUCUUUUCUCUAUACUAAUCAUUCUGUCCAAAAGUCUUUGCCUUCCUUUCUUUCUAGCCUUCCUUUCUUCCUUUCUUUUCAUUAUAAUAAUCAUUCUGUCCAAAAUAUGCUAACCUUCAUGUUUUCUCUAUCACUUGAAUAUCUUUCUUUCUUUCUUUCUUUCUUUCUUUCUUUCUUUCCUUCUUUCUUUUAUUUCUUUCUUUCUUUCUUUUUUUCUAGCCUUCCUUUCUUUCUAGCCUUCCUUUCUUCCUUUCUUUUCAUUAUAAUAAUCAUUCUGUCCAAAAGUCUUUACCUUCCUUUCUUUCUAGCCUUACUUUCUUCCUUUCUUUUCAUUAUAAUAAUCAUUCUGUCCAAAAGUCUUUACCUUCCUUUCUUUCUAGCCUUCCUUUCUUUUCAUUAUAAUAAUCAUUCUGUCAAAAGUCUUUACCUUCCUUUCUUUCUUCCUUUCUUCCUUUCUUUUCAUUAUAAUAAUCAUUCUGUCCAAAAUAUGCUAACCUUCAUGUUUUCUCUAUCACUUGAAUAUCUUUCUUUCUUUCUUUCUUUCUUUCUUUCUUUCUUUCUUUCUUUCUUUCUUUCUUUCUUUCUUUCCCUUUGCCCGAUCUAUCUAUCUAUCGCAGACUGUUCAUUAUCUAUCUACCUAUCUAUCUAUCUAUCUCAAGACUGCUUAUAUCUAUCUAUCUAUCUGUCUCAAUUUGUUCAUAUUUAUCUAUUUUAA